AUGUGUGACGAUUUGGAAAAUACCUUUCUAUAUGGUUUAAGAUUGCAAUUUGUGUUGGCAAAUGAAUAUGACGGUUUUAUACGAACAGUGACACAACUGUUUUUACAUAGACACAUACGAACGGUGACGGCGGCAACUUGCUGGUCUUCUGUCAUCAACAGCAAUUUGUUAGUCAGAUUAUCGGACGUGGACGUAUCAGUUACGUUUCAUCCGUCUACGAUACCAUCGCAUAAUCCUUGGUAUAGAUACGGGAUUUUAAUCGACUUAUCAUGUACUAACUUCUCCAGCCCAUUAUUUAAACAGGCGUUUCAGGAUCGGUUGUUCAACAUGCAAAACGAUUGGAUACUGUUCGGCGGUCAAACCUUUUCUAAUGAUACGAAUUCAUCUACGAAUGUACUCAAAAUAUUUGAAACUUAUUUGAGAGACGCUUACGUAUUGCCAGAUUCUAGAGUUUAUUUAUUUUCUCAAACCGACCAAGACGCGUGGGAGAUUUGGGAAGGUUACCGAAUUAGUUAUAGAGAAAAAAUUCGAGUGUUCCAAAGCGGAAUGGCGACUACGAACAAUUUAUGUUUGAACGAUUCAAAUGCGGAGAGAAUGAAUUUUCGGGGCAACGUUCUAAAAGCAACUACAGUGAUUGUAGAGCCCGACAAAUUUACCGGGUUCCACCCAUUCGCUUACACCAACUUAGAUGUAUUUGCUCAUAUGCACAACGAUUUGAACGCCGUGCUUCAAGACCAAUUGAAUUUCAAGAUGGAACUUACAAUAACAAACGAUUAUGGCUGGGACUUGGGGAACGGCUCGUUCAGUGGAAUGACUGGUAAUCUUCAAAGGGAAGAAUGCGAUUUUGGCGGUAUUGGAAGUUUCAUCAGAUCGGACAGAAUGACUGUAGUUGACUACACAGUUGGAACUUUUUACCGGCAACCCGCUGCCCUCUACAAGCAACCUUCAUUGUCUAGCGUCUACAAUAUAUGCGUUUUACCAUUUAACUUUGAAGUCUGGUUAGUGACGUUCUUUACGUUUCUUGGGUUUACAAUCGUGAUUUUAUGUUUAAAUCGGACUAGUAAAAUAGUUAGACAUGACGAAAUUGAAUCGAUCACAAUUUUAGAUUCUGUCACUCUUGUCCAUGGCGCUAUUUGUCAACAAGGAUAUUCAGUUAAUUUGACCACCGCCUCUUCGAGGAUUGCAGUUUUUGUAUUGUUCACAACUGCAGUAUUUCUAUAUACUUCUUAUUCGGCUAGCAUAGUAGCGUUACUACAAACGCCCAGCAACUCGAUCAAGACUGUCGAAGACAUAAUUCAGUCACCCAUGACGUUCAGUGCCCAAAUAAGCCCAUACAGUGAAGUUUAUUUUGUUAACACAGAUGAUCCAUUAUUGCUUAAAUUAUAUGACAAAAAAAUGAAACCAAGUGGUGAUAAAAAAUUUACAAAUGCUCUUGAAGGCCUUAAAAGAAUUCAAACAGAAUUUCAUGGUUUUGUGGUUGAACUAAUUACUGCCUAUAAAAUUAUUAGUGACACAUGGCGCGAAGAGGAAAAAUGUGGAUUGUCAGAAGUACAGCUGUUUAAAUUACCAAUUCUCGCAUUGGCUGUAGUUAAAAAAUCCGGAUACAAAGAUGUAUUCAAACAAAAAUUAAUACAGCAACAAGAAGUCGGAAUCAAGAACCGAAUAAUCAGAAGAUGGAUUCCAAUGAAGCCAAUGUGUGACUCGUCGAACAGAGCCAAUGAGUUCGUCAGUGUGUCUUUUAAUGAAGUUUAUCCAAUGUUUCAAGUGUACGGAUUCGGCGUAGUCUUAUCUGUGUUGGUUUUAAUAGUAGAAAAAAUUCAUCAGUUAUAUUACUUACCCAAUUUUGUUUUAGAUGGCCAUUAUUAUUAUAAUAAUAAGCCAAUAUUUAUUAUCAACCUAAUGCCAGUUAUUGGUGAUAAGUACAAUAAUUUAAUCAAUGGACUGACGAACAUGCUCAAGUACAGAAAUAUAAAUACUGUCUGGGUGGCUACGUGUUGGGGUUCAGAUGUAAACAAUGAAUUACUAACGAUGCUAUCGGCGGUGGACAUAUCUGUAGCUUUUGACCCGGAGGAAACGAUACACAAGACACAAUAUGAAACCUGGUAUAGAUCCGGAUUGCUAGUCGACUUGUCUUGCAGCCAAGCUCCAAGCAUACUUCAACAGGCGUCUGACGACCGCAGGUUUACCAUUCAAAAUGACUGGAUACUCUUCGAUCAACGCGGAAAUGCUAACAAAUUUGAUGCAUUGGACUUAGCCGUACAGACAUUCGAUACAUUUAUGGAUAAAGCUCGUUUGCUGCCAGACUCGAGAGUUUAUUUACUAGUGGAGAUCAAAGACAACGUUUGGGAAAUAUGGGAUGGUUUCCGUUCGAAAAACAAUGAGAAAAUACGAGUGACCAAAGUCGGCAUCUUGACACCACAUCGUGCCCAAAUGAACUAUUCGAACUCGGAAAGAACAAACUUGAGAGGAUCUGUCAUUAAGUCCGCAGCUGCGAUUUUAGAACCAAAAUUGUUCAGAGGAUGGGGAAAGUCAUUCGAAUUCAGCCUUGACGUAUUUGCUCAUAUGCAUCAUAACUUGGUGAUUUUGUUGGCCGAUCAAUUGAACUUUACUCUUGAUUUGAUUAUUGAAAAGGAUUACGGGUGGAAUUUGGGAAAUGGCACGUUCGGCGGUUUGAUGGGAAUGCUACAAAAAGAAGAAAUCGAAUUUGCUUGUUCCGGAGCUCUUAUGAGAACAGACCGGAUGGACGUUGCAGAUGUUACCGUACCAACGUUCCCUGCUCGGACGACUACUAUUUUCAAGCAACCGCCGCUGUCGGCGGUAUACAACGUGUUCAUUCUGCCGUUUGACAUUUACAUAUGGAUGGUGAUUUUAAUUCUACUUUUGCUGUUCACAAUAGCCAUAGUAUUUCUUGUGAGGUCUGCAGCUAUGAUGGAAAAUCUGAAUCUACCAUUGCAAUCAAUACUGUUUACUGCAUCGGAUACGGUCAUGUUGGUGAUAGGUGCCAUUUGUCAACAAGGUACGCCAACCAUUAUAAAUACAACUUCAUCGCGACUAGCCGUGUUCGUGCUGUUCGUGACUGCUCUCUUUGUAUUCACAUCAUAUGCGGCUAGCAUUGUUGUAUUGCUCCAAACUCCAAGUCAGGCAAUCAAAUCCAUCAAAGACUUAGCAGAAACGUCUAUAUCGUUUAGUGCAUUAGACACUACACAUAACUACAUCUAUUUCAAUGAAACAGACAACCAAUACGUUAAAAAAAUUUACCGAAAUAAAAUGUUACCAGAAGGUCAGAAGAAGGCUUUUACUAAACCUGACGUGGGCAUGGCCAGAGUUCGUAAUGAAUUUCACGCAUACCUAGUAGAAGCAACGUUCGCUUAUGAUAUAGUAGCCAAGACUUGGCAGGAACAAGAAAAAUGCAGUUUGUCCGAACUGGAACUGUUUAAACUGCCCAUGCUGACGUUGUUUAUCGUGAAAAAAUCAGGGUAUAGAGAUAUAAUGAAGGAAAAGUUAAUUAGGCAAAAUGAAGUGGGACUAAGGAACAGAAUUUUCAAAAAAAUGAUGCCACAAAAGCAAAUGUGUGAUUCUUUAAACAGGGCUAUCGAAUUCGAUAGCGUCUCGGCCAGGGAAAUUUUUCCAGCACUAAUUUUGCUUGGUUACGGCAUGUGUGUAUCUCUUCUUGUAUUUGUCUUAGAACUGACGUAUAACGCCAGAGAGACUUGGCGAAAAAACCAGCACUAUUUUUGAAAUAUAAGUUAUCAACGUCUUAUAAAUCAUGACUAACAGCUGUAUCCAUUUGGAAAUAUUAUAAGAGCAUCAAACCUCUGAAAUAAUCUAGUAUACAAAAAUAAUUUGUAAAAAAACUCAACGUGUAUUUUUUAAUGACUAAAAACCAAAGAUAAUAAUACGUUUUUACUGAAAUUACCGAUCAACAACAUAUAAUUGUUUAACCGAUUAAUUAAAUGAAACCGAUGGGUAAUAACUGUUAAUAUGUCUUUCAUAAAAUCACU